UCACGGGAGAGAGAGAGAGAGAGAGAGAAAAAAAGAGGAAGGAAUAUGGUUUCAUCUGACGCUCCUCCCGUUUCAGCGCUGCUGUAGCGGAUCUCCAGUGCGAGCAGGAGGCUGGGGCUCGGUCCGGCACAAACCCCCUCUCUACCUGAAACAACCACCUCAACCCCGUUUCCAACCAGCCUGCAGGAGCGCCCCCAGCACACCGGGACACAUAAAUGGUGGAGGCCGUGGUGGAGUUCGACUAUGAGGCUCAGCAGGACGAUGAGUUGAGCCUGACGGUGGGCGACAUCAUCGUGAACAUACGGCGGGACGACGGAGGAUGGUGGGAGGGAGAGCUGGGAGGACGCAGGGGGCUGUUCCCGGAUAACUUUGUCAGGGAGAUAAAGAAAGAGGCAAAGAGGGAUGCAGGACAGACAAGCAUGAUCAGAUCUGACCUUUCCAAUGGAAGGGCCAGCCCCGUGUCCGACCCCAGCGUACGACCAGGCAGGAAAGGAGAGCAAAUCCGUAAGCGGAGGUGUAAAGCGGCAUUCAGCUAUGUGCCUCAGCAUGAAGAUGAGCUAGGGCUGAAAAUAGGAGACGUCAUUGAGAUCAUAGCAGAGGUAGAGGAGGGCUGGUGGGAGGGAUAUCUAAAUGGGAAGACUGGAAUGUUUCCCUCCAAUUUCACCAAAGAGAUCCUGACGGAGUCGGACACACCCUCUCUAGACACCUCGCAGGAGGAGCUGCGCAGCAGCCGCACUAGUAAGGACAGCCCAGGCAGUGAAAGUGAUGGAGGGGACAGUCGUUCAGAAACGGGGUCAGGAGAAAUCCAGCCCAAGAAGAUCCGAGGGUUUGGCUUUGGUGACAUCUUCAAAGACCAGCCAAUCAAGCUUAGACCUCGCUCGAUGGAUGUGGAGUCAGAGAUGGACAAGGCCAACGAAAGCAAAGCCGCUGAAACCAUGAAGACUGAACCCGACAGCAAAGCCAAAGGGCGGGAACAAUGUAAAGUCCUCUUUCCAUAUGAAGCACAAAAUGAAGAUGAGCUGUCAGUCAAAGAGGGGGAUAUCGUCAAUAUCAUCACCAAGGACUGUGCCGAUGCAGGCUGGUGGAUGGGGGAGAUCGGAGGAAGGCAAGGUGUUUUCCCAGACAACUUUGUCAAGCUGCUAGAAGUGGAGAAAGAGAGACCAAAGAAACCGCCUCCUCCCAGCGCACCGUCAGCUAAGCACACCACAGAGAAAAAGUCGGAGUUCAGGAAGGUUCCUCCUGAGCGACCUGAACAUCUGCCACAGAGAGACCAGGAUCGAGGUGACGAGGUGAAGGUUGGAGACAUCCCCAAGCCCUCCCUCCCAUCUAUCCUUCCCAAGAAACCCCUCCCCCCAAAGUCAAGCUCCUCCUCUUCCUCCCAACCCCCGCGGCGUCCUGAGAGACCGCCCAAUCUAGCGUGUGAAAGCCCCAAGUCUGAGGGCGGGGCUUCGACACCAGAUUCUGCCCCUGACAGGUCACAUGACACCGAUGUGGACCUGGACGCCGUGGUGUUGUCAACAGAGAAAUUGAGUCAUCCAACGGCGUCACGGCCACGGGUCACAGACCGCCGGCCUCGCUCACAGAUCAUCACACCAUCUAUGCUGUCCAGUAUUAAUCUGGACUCCCCUGCAGUGGAGGACAGGAAGGACAAGGACAGAGGGAAGGAGGAGCCGGAGACUGUCUCCAGAUCUGUAGAAGUUUCCCUGAGAAAAGGAGUUCCCACCGUCUCUGCACCUGACAAUAAAGCACCACUGCCUGCCAAGCCCUCUGUCCUGACCCCACCAAACUCCAGCCAUCGCCCUGCCUCCCCGUCUUCCUCCUCGGGUCUGACCCCCUCCCCUGAGCUCCGGCAUUCACCUCUGACCCCUCUGACCCUUGAGGAACUCAGGAACCAGCUGAGAGACCUGAGGGCCUCCGUAGAACUGCUGAAGAGCCAGCACAGGCAGGAGAUGAAGCAGUUGUCCAACGCGCUGGAUGACGAGAAGAAGAUUCGUCUUAGUUUACAGAUGGAAGUAGAGCACAUAAAGAAGAGCCUGUCGAAAUGAAGUCCUCUUUAUCGGCGUACUCUGAUCACCACAUCGGAGCCCAGCAUUUUGAAAACAUUGUCACUGUUGGCCGAGACACUUCAGCCAAAACAAAGUUUGUGCCAAAUGAUCAUCACGAUCAACAUCAGCAACAAUACAGUACCAUGGAAUCAGCCACCUUCCCUCCCCGACGCCGCCUUAUCCUGUGUUUACUUCUUUAUUCUUCUUUUAAAGAGGCUUCUCUGUUAAGUUUACUGCUAUCUUGUCGAAGCUUGCUGUGCCACUGGUACUGACUAACCCGCGGCCUGAUGCUGUGUGCUGCCACGGCUACAGAACAACAGAGCCGCGGCUGCCGUGGUGACCUCACCGGUACUUUUUGUUUCUAAGUGUGAAGGAAACUUGGAACUCGACCUUCGUAGCCCGGUUGGUUCAGAUGACCUAUGUACAGUUCUGUGCCCACUCUGCGGCCUUCGCCUCUUAUCUUGUGUGUGUGAGAGCGUGUUCUUAUUUUCCAUCCAUGUGAGGACUGGAGUUUUAGACCUUCAUAUAAGGACAUUUUUGUAAAGUGAGGUUGUUUUGGCCGGUCCUGACUUCUUCAUCGGGCUAGAUUAAGGUUAGAAUAAAAGGCUAUACUUUGAGGCACAUUAUUAGCAUUAGGGUUACAUUGACACUCUGAGCUCGAUGUUUCUAUGGUACACUGCAGGCGGGUGAUUUUGAAGCAUCAGCCAUUAACAGCACUGGCAUUUGGACCUAUAUCCCUAUCCCCUUUUUUUUUCUUAAUGUCAUAACUUUUUCAAUUUGCAGUCAAAUAUUCCACCUGUUGGGAGGUUAAAAUUACAACACAAGCACAUCAGUUUAAUGAAAUCUUACCAACAUGACAAGUGAUACUGGAGGUGCUAUUUAAAGGAAUAGUUAGAUAUUUUCAAAAAUAUGCUUAUUCGCUUUUUUUCAGGAGUUAGAUGACAAAAUCGAUAACAUUUGCAUGCUGGUACAUCAGAUAUGAAGCUAUAGCCAGUGGCCAAUUAGCUUAGCUUAGUAUUAAGACUGGAAAUCGGGGGAAACCGCUAAUCUGGCUCUGUCCAAAGGUAACUAAAUGCCUACCAGCACCUUUAAACCUCACUAAUUAUAUCUUAUUUGUUUUAUUCAUAGAAAAAUGUCAAUAUGUGGUUUAACAAUGACAACAAGACUUUAGAAAGUCACUUUAUAGGUGAUUGUAGAUCCAAUUUUGGCUGUAGCAUCAUACUUAUCAUUAGAUUGGUAUACAUCUUCUCAUCUAACUCUGUGCAAGAAAGCCGGAAAGCAUAUAUCCCACAAUGGAAAACUAUUCCUUUGACAAAAUCCAAAACUGCCCUGUGAUAUUUGGCUGCUAAUGAAAAGUUUAUGCAAAGAAAAUUACAUGUCACUGCAUGAACACACUUACCUAUCAUAUUUAUCAAGUCAAAAGUAUUGCCUUCUGGACAUAAAUUAAUUAUUUUAACCUUUUUUGCUUUUGCACUCUUGCCACGAUUCAGAAACCUCAAGAAACAGCUGUGCUGGUCGCAUCACACCCCACAAAAAUCAAAAUCUGUGCAUCUGAUGUUUCUGGUGCUCUUUUGGCAGCAGAUGAAGGGUAAAAUUAAGGACAGGGUUUGAGGAAUGUAGUCAAUAAAAGGACCUCAUAGGUAAAGGAAGACAAAAUGUGUGUGUGUGUGUGUGUGUGUGUGUGUGUGUGUGUGUGUGUGUGUGUGUGCAUGUAUGUGUGGUAGCAUGUACGGCUAUUUGCCUCCCUUCCUUAUAUGUGCACAGAAUCUAUGGCAACCCGUCACUGUGGCCUUCCUGUUUUUGACUCCAAAUCUUUCUUUCUUUCUUUCUUUCUUUCGUAUGACAACGAGAAAACUGCUACAACUGAGGCUACAAGUUGUUUUCUUGACUUGGUCCUUUCUCUCCAGGAUAGUGAUAAAUAUAUAUACUUUUAUAUUUCAGUGUAAUAAAGAUGCUAUUAUGUACUGUA